AGGUGGCUGCUACCAAAGCAAAGCGUCGCCUUAGAUGUACCCAUGAGUGCUGAUAUCUCUAUGACGGCUCUAUACAGAGAUCUCUCGAUACGCAGCACCAUUCUUCCAGGCUGUAGACAACGUGAAUUCUAAUUGUCAAGCCAUGCACCCGUUUGAUCGAUGGAGUCAUAACGCACGUUUAGGCUCGCAGGCAGCAUAAUAACUUCAUACUCACCUUCUUCCAUACCCCUCGAUCUCGUCAUCACAGAAUGCCACCAAAAUCAUCCUCGAGUAAAGAAAAGGAUCUCACUGAUGAGGACGAGGUCUUACAAGCCGUCAUACUUGCGGACAGUUUCAAUAAGCGAUUCAAGCCAUUGACUUCAGGCAAACCCAGGUGUCUGUUGCCCGUGUGCAAUGCUACAUUGUUAGACUGGACGUUUGAGAGUCUUGCGCUUGCCGGCGUACAAGAGAUAUUCGUCGUCUGUCGAUCGUAUCCCGAGCUGGUUAAGGCUGCUAUUCGGUAUGUCCCCUUCCCCCGCUUACCAUUCCUCAAAGAGAAAAGUAUUCUCAUCAUAUUCUCAUGGUAUACCCCGUUGAUUGUAUCAAUUAUCACCUCGAAAGAGACGUUCACGCCCGGAGACGCAAUGCGAGACAUUUACACCCGAGGGAUCAUCACUUCCGACUUCGUUCUCGUUAUGGGAGACCUCGUGAGCAAUAUCCGCAUUGACGAAGUCGUUAGGGUCCACAAGGAAAGACGGAGAACGAAUAAGGAUGCGAUUAUGACUAUGGUGGUGAAACCUAGUGGCGUAGUACAUCGUACAAGAUCGAAAGGCGAAUCCGCCAUCUUCGUGUUGGAUGCGGAGACUUCGGAAUGUCUGCAUUAUGAACAUGUCACCGGAUAUCCACCCAAGAAGCACGCAAAGAUACCUCGCGAGAUCCUAGCUGAACACCCAGAGAUCGAGAUUCGAAAUGAUCUCAUUGACUGUGGUAUAGACGUCUGUUCAGUUGAGGUCCCAUCUCUGUUCCAAGAUAACUUUGACUAUGGUGACAUCCGACGAGACUUUGUCCACGGUGUCCUUACUUCGGACCUUCUCAUGAAAAGUAUCCACUGUUAUGUUGCCAGAGAAGGAUACGCUGCUCGGGUAGCAGAUACGCGGAGUUAUGACUCUGUCAGUAAAGAUAUCCUGGCAAGAUGGACGUUCCCUCUUGUACCAGACGACAAUCACCCAGGAGGUCAUUCGUACGAACAUAUCCGUGGUAACAAGUACCUAGCUAAAGGAAACUCUGUUGUCCUCUCUCGAACGUGCAAAGUCGGCUCAAACUGCUUGAUCGGUGCUGGCACACACAUAGCCGACAACGCCAACAUCCAAGCAUCCGUUAUCGGUCAACGAUGUACAAUCGAAGCCAACGUCACCCUACGCAACGUCUACGUCUUUGACGACGCCCAUAUUGGUGCAGGGUCUGUCAUCGAGUACAGCAUCGUUGGCUCGAACGUCAAGGUUGGUGAAGGAAGUACCGUUGCGAGGGGAUGUUUAAUUGGCGACGAUGUGAUUUUGGGCAAGAAUGCGAAAUUGGGUGAGUUUGAGAGGGUAUCGAGGCGAAGGGAUGAAGGGGAAGCGGAUGAAAGUGAUAAGGAAGACGAAGAUGAACAGAGUGAGGAUUCUGAAUUGGAGGAAGCUGAAGCCCGGCAGGACUCGGAGUCGAUCACAGCUAUCAUCGGAGAAGGCUCUAAUGCCAUUGUUUGGCCAAAGGGUCCUCGUGCAGACGAAGAGGAUCUAGACGAAGUCGAACGUUAUAACAAUCAAAGACUUAUGCGCAUUGGCGACCCGGCAAGCGACCUUCCCCUCGAAUACGAAGGCACCGAAUCCGAUUCAGACGCAUCCGAACGCGAAUCUGACGAGUCAGACUUAGAGAUGCACGCCCUCUCCCGAAUUUCCUCUGCAACCUCCACUUCAGCCAUCUCCACCUCCACCCCGGGCCUCAACAUCCACACCCUCCACGACGCCGCCGCAUACUCAGAAUUCCAAGCCGAAGUCACUCAAUCAUUAGACCGUGCAUUUGCCGAAGGACAUUCUGUGGAUAAUGCAGCUGUGGAAUUGAAGACGCUGAGGAUGGCGAGUAAUGUUCCGUUGAGGAAAGUGAGAGAGGCGGUUGUGGCUUCUAUUGUGGAGAGAAUCGAGGUUGUGGAGGGGGAUGCUGCUGCUCAGAGACGAGAGAUUUCGAAGAUGGUUGGACGUUGGGGACCGCUGAUCGAUAAGAUCGGUGGUGUGGAUCCGGUGGAGACUAUUGAAGUCCUCCAGUAUCAUUGUGCGAAGUCCGCUCGUCUUCCAUUGUUCGGCCAAAUCCUCGCUGCGCUUUAUCAAGAUGAUAUCGUCGAAGAAGAUGAUAUUCGCGCAUGGCAUGCUAGACCAGAAGCCAAAGGUGAAGGUCUUAAAGAUACUUCAUUUGCCGAGAAUGUCAAGCGGUGCUGGUUGGUUGGCACAAAGAUGAUUGAACAGUUCAACGAGCAGGAGAGCAGUGAAGAGGAGAGUGGGGAGGAAGAUUCCGACGAGGAAGAGCAGCCUUCCAAGAAACCCGCUGCUGCUACUGCUCAAGCUGCGGUUGGAAAGAAGGAGGAGAGUAGUGAGGAAGAGAGUAGCUCCGGCGAUGAUGAAAGCGGGGAAGAUGACUCGCAAGAUUCAGAAGACGACGCACCGGCUACUAAAGCAGCUACUGCUGCUCCAAGCCAGCCGAGUAAGCCUGCUUCCACUCCUGCAAGCACGAAGGAGAGCGAAGAGGAGGAAUCUGAGGGCUCGGAAGAAGAAGAGUCCGAGGACGAUGCACUUGCACCGAGUCAACCUGCUGCGAGUAAGCCUAGUGCCUCUUCGACGACUCCAGCGGUUUCUGCAGCACCAUCUGCUCCUCCACCUGUGCCAGCUGCACAUGCGCCUGCACUUGUGUCGAGUACUGCGGCACCUGCUCAGCCUUCAACACAGGAUGAGGAAUCGAGCGAGGAAGAGUCAGAAUCGGAAGCGUCUGACAAGGAGCCCGCUCAGACCGCUCAAAGCCAAGCACCACCAGCAGUAGCUUCUUCUAAGCAACCCGUUACCGCACCCUCGAAAGCCGAGAGCGAAGAGUCAGAAGGUUCAGAGGACUCGGAGGAGGAGGAAGAAUCAGAAGACGAUGCUGCAAGCCGCGCAACAGAACCAGUCCCUCAAGCUCAAGUGUCAACGCCCAAAGCUUCAACAGAGACCGCAAGGCCGCCUGCCACAAUCACCACUCAAACAGAAUCAGUUGCCACAAUUCCAGCUGCGGUACCAAGACCAAGGCCCGGGCCAGAUGUAGUAGGAGGUAAGCAAAACCCCGUUGUCGCUUCUGGUUCUGGUCAGGUUGCAAGCGAGGGUGCGACUACUAGUAGGGCAACCACUGCGACCGCAACAAGCAGCGUGGCGACGACACAGCAUUCACUUCGGGGACAAAGUGCUCAAGAGCGGGACGACGACGGGGGAGAAGGCGAGGAGAGUGGUGACGACAGCGGGGAGACAGAUGAAGAAGGGAAUACUGACGAUUCUGAGGAGGAAUGAGCGGGAGAAGCAGUCUACACGAUAAAGAUUGAGGUAUCUAGAAGGGAAGACAUAUGUAUUUAUACGCUCAUCUGCAAUCACAUAGACGAGCAGGUCGAGUGGAGCCGCUGCUAAGCUUCUAGCUUUC